AGGUUGUGGUUUGCCAGACGGGACUUGCGGCAAGGAACAUGCGGUGAAGCCGAGCGCCGGAGCGGGACCGCAGCCCUGCACUCUGCGAUUGCAAAGGGAAAUAAACAGCCGGAGCAGGAGCCUCGCACCCGCCGUCUCUUCCCGGAGACCUGCAUCGCAAGAGCCCUGCUGCCUGCCGCAGCCUGCAGCCGCCUGAGGCUCGAUCCAGACACUCCGCUUUGCAGGAAGGGCUGGAUUUGCUCCCUGUCGCCUCACCGAGAGAGCUGCGGCCGAAGGAGAGCGCCGCUUACCCGGGCGGCCCGGGCCGCUGCAUGCUAUCCCCCGCGAGAGGGGAGCUGCGGUGGGCAGCAGAGCGGGGCUUUUCUCCGCUGGCCCAGUAGGACGUGGAGAUCGGCGAGCGAGGGCCGUGCGGGGACGAGGAGCGGGGCCCGCCGGCCUUCCCCGCCCCGGGGGCAGGGAGAGCGAGGAGCCGGGGCCCCGCCGCCCCCCGCCCGCUGGAUUUGCCGUUCCCUGUGGCACCCUGCACAUCAGAUUUCAGAUGCAUGCCAGGUUCCCGCUGAAUGCCAGCAGCAGAGAUCACUACAGAUGGAGCCCCAAAGUCAGCAUGGCAGCGGCGGCUCCCUGGUGGUGAUUCAGCAGCCCUCCCUGGACAGCCGGCAGCGCUUGGACUAUGACAGGGACAGCCAGCCCACAACCAUCUUGUCACUGGACCAGAUCAAGGCCAUCAGGGGCAGCAACGAAUACACCGAGGGGCCGUCGGUGGUGAAAAAACCGGGUCCGCGGACAGCGCCAAGGCAGGAGAAGCAUGAGAGGACUCACGAGAUUAUACCAAUUAAUGUGAAUAAUAACUACGAACACAGGCCCGGCCAUGCGGGGCACGGGGCACAUCAGCAUAACACCAGGGCUCCCGUGCUGAGCCGAUCGACCAGCACGGGCAGCGCGGCCAGCUCCGGCAGCAACAGCAGCGCCUCCUCAGAGCAAGGGCUGCUGGGGCGCUCGCCGCCCUCCCGGCCGGGCUCCGGCCACAGACCCGACCGGACAAUCCGGGCGCAGCCCAAGCAGUCGGCCCUGAUUGUGGACGAUCUGAAGGGGCCUUUGAAAGAGGACUUGACGCAGCACAAGUUCAUCUGCGAACAGUGCGGGAAGUGCAAGUGCGGGGAGUGCACGGCGCCGCGGGCCCUGCCCUCCUGCCUGGCCUGCAACCGGCAGUGCCUGUGCUCGGCCGAGAGCAUGGUGGAGUACGGCACCUGCAUGUGCCUGGUCAAAGGGAUCUUCUACCACUGUUCCAACGACGAUGAAGGGGACUCGUACGCGGAUAAUCCCUGCUCCUGCUCCCAGGCACACUGCUGUUCUAGGUACCUGUGCAUGGGAGCCAUGUCCUUGUUCCUGCCUUGCUUGCUCUGCUACCCUCCGGCCAAAGGAUGCCUAAAACUCUGCCGGGGGUGCUACGACCGCGUCAAUCGUCCGGGGUGCCGGUGCAAGAACUCAAACACAGUCUAUUGUAAACUGGAGAGCUGCCCCUCCCGGGGUCAGGGCAAGCCCUCAUGAUUUUGGGAGGGAGGUUUACUUCUUCCAACUUCAGUUUUUCAGGUUGUAGCUGAUUUUUUUUCCCCCCUCCUCCCAUCUUUUCUUCUCCCUUCUCUCCCAUUUUGGGAGGACUGUUCCUUUCCUUUCUGUCUGCCCAACUUCAGACACAUGAGUUCUUCCCCUUGCAUCUCUACUCUCCCCCUCCUACUGACUUGGCUGAGUGUGGAGCAUUUCACGCAGUCACUGCUGCUCUUUGGUAAGUGUGGACCUGAGAUCUGCACCUGCCACUCGCUCAGGCAGGGUCUUUGAGUUUGUAACUGAACCACUCCUGAAGGAGACAGUGAGGGCUCACUGGGCUCUUGAAGCUUCUUGCUCUGUGAAUAUCUUCCCAAAGAUUUGUUUGUGGGGUUUUUUUGUUUUUUUGGGUUUUUUUUUGUUUUGUUUUGUUUUUUUGUUUUUUUGUUUGUUGUUGUUGUUCUCAGCAAGUUAUGGGUUUUUUUCUCAACCUCCUGGGUGCCAAGGAAGAAUAACUUUCCUGAAUAACAAUCCUGAGCUGGAUUGUGAAAUAACUUUUUGUGGGUGUUCUUUCUGGAGAGGGAUGUAAAAUAAAGGCUUCACCAAAUGAAAGGCCUGACUCUUCUAUAAGCAGCCUGCUUAUUUUUGCAUCUUUUUUUCCCCCUCUCUUUUUGUCUUAACUUUUGGAACAUUCUCAGACCUGAGAAUUGCCUUGCCUCCUUUUUUUUUUUUUUCUUACAUUUUCUAUGUAACUUCAGUUUUUGCUACACUCUGUAGAUCUUCACAUUGGAGACAUUGUGGCUGCAACACAUUUGUUUCUUUUGCUGUCCAGUCUUUGAAGGAUAUUGCUCACUCCACCCUCCUAAUCCUGUUUUUAUAGUCUGUCAGUAUCAGUUGAUAUUAAAGUUGGUGGUGUUCAUGUAUCCAAACAGCCUUCAGGUGUCAUUGAGUCACCUAAAUGUCCUUGAAUCCUUCAAGUCUCUUGUGAUCCUUUGGCUUAGUGAGUUUAGCUCUGCUCUGUACUUUAUAAUUUUAUCCUGUCCCUGUUUUAUUGCCUUAGCCACAAAUUGUGGUCCUUUUUUGUAUAUUUUAUGUAUAAAACACAAAGUUGAAUCCCAACUAUUUUUAAGACAAAAGUCUGUUAAAACUUUUUUUAUUGUAAAGAAUAUUUAUUAUGUGAAUCUCUAUUAUUUUAUGAUAUUUAUUGCAAAAGACUUCGAAAAUGUACUCAUGUCUGAAUAUAACAAAAUAUCAAUACUUAACGAAAUAAGGAUGACACGAAGAAAGUCCAUAUGUUAACUAUAAUGCAGAAAAUAUAUUAAUUAAUGAAAACGCC